AAUUUUGUAAUACUGGUGAAAUCAUAAAAAAUAUAUUUUUUAACUACAGUAUCAAGCCUCCUACUUAAUUAAGGCCCGAAUGUUUACUGUACGGUUAACAAAAGGCGUAACAUUCUCAAAUAAACCUUCCUUGUUGCGCCACAUGUUAAUCUGUGCAACUGAACAUAACGGUAGCAGUUACUGACACCUAUCUACAUUCUGCCAGCACUGUUCAGAGCAAUCGUACGCUUUACAGCACUACUGCGUGCAAGCAAAACAAAUAUAGAAGUCAAAGUAAAUAAAUAAUAAUUAGCAAACAUGACGGAAUACUGGAAAUCGAACGAACGCAAGUACUGCGAUUUCUGUAAAUGCUGGCUAAGCGACAACAAAGCUAGUAUUGCAUUUCAUGAAAGUGGCAAGCGACACAAGCUUAAUGUAUCCAAGCGCAUUACGGAGAUCAGCCGCAAUAGCGAAAAGUCGGAGAGGGAGAAACAAAAAAUGGACGCACAGAUUCGCAAAAUGGAGGAAGCCGCCAUGAAAUCCUAUGCACAAGAUAUCCACGGAUACCAUGGUGACAUGACCGCACGAUCCAUCAAUACUGUGCUCAGUGCAACAGCCUCCAGCAGUGGUAAUAAAGCGGGUCCAUAUGGAAAACCACGACAAAUCGAUCCAAUGCGAUUGGAGGGCGAUUCGGAUGAAGAUGAAGAUGACCGGCGGGUUAAUGUGGAUAAAAUAGCAGCUGAAACGGUGCCAGAUGCAUCAUUGUGGGUGGAGGGUAAAUCGGACGAGGGUCACACGUACUAUUGGAAUGUGAAGACAAAUGAAUCCGUCUGGGAGCCACCAAAAGAGGGGUUUCUCUCCUAUGAGGAAUAUGAGCGUAUCAAUCAGUUAGCCAUUGAUCAACAGCAGGUGACGCAAGCAGAGGAAUCGCUACGGUUUCGUGCCAAUGCAGAUGAGGAGGUGGCUCGCUUCAACCGCGAGCGACAUGCAAAAUUAUAUCGCAAACCAGAGAAUCCCAAAGAGAAGAAACAAAAGGAGGAAAAGAGGCAGCAGUUCAAAACUGAGGAGGAGGCUGCAACCAAGGAGAUUGGUCAGUGGCAGGUGGUGGAAACUAGACCGCCUGCAGAGCCCAUCGAUUGGCAGCUGCCCAAAACGGAUUACUAUGCGGUAGAGCCUGUCCCUGCCGCUGCGACAGAACCCGAGCCACCUGUAAAACGUUUCAAGGAGAAAACCAUAUCAGGAUUGGAUGAGGAGACAUCAAGCAGUGCGCCCGCCACAUUCAAAAAACGAAAAUUUGCAAAUAAUGGUAAUGCGCGCAAACCUUUAGAUGAGUAAAUACAGUACCUGUAACAUAUAUUUAAAUAAAUUCUUUUAAACAACAACCCACCCAUGAAAAAUAUG